AUGAUCAUGGUGCGCCAAGGGCCCAUAGGCCUACUCGCCGUCUUGGUCACUGUCAUUUGUCUCCUGGUAUACCUCGGCACGACAGCAAAGAAUGCCUACAGCCUGCCCUCGGGCGUCUCGGGCGCCUUCUCUUCCUCUCGUGGCGGCGCUCAGGGCGCGUCAAAUCCAGCUGCCAAGGUGUACGGCAAGGACUACCGCGGGAGGUCGAAGCCGGCAGACAUCAACAGGGUGACGAACUCGACCCUGGGCUUCACCAAGAUCUUCGUCGUCGGCCUGCCGGAGCGGUCAGACAAGCGCGACGCCAUCGCACUGUCGGCUGCCCUCACCGGAUUCGACGUGGAGUGGAUCGACGGCGUGCGUGGGACUGACAUCCCGGACAAGGCGGUGCCGUUCGGCGUGGACAGAAAGAAACUGAUGGAGACGAACCUGGGCAGCUGGAGGGGCCACAUGAAUGCCGUCAGGCGGAUGGUCGAAGAGGGUAUCGAGUCCGCCCUCAUCAUGGAAGACGACAUGGACUGGGACGUCCGGCUCAAGGCCCAGCUCGAGAUGAUCGCCACCGGCAGCCGCAAGCUCAUGACCGACCUGCCCGAGACCUACUUCCCCUCCCACCCCAAGACCGCGGGCUCGGGGACCCCGGCCUCGCCCUACGGCAACGACUGGGACGUCCUCUGGCUCGGCCACUGCGGCGAGCCCUUCCCGGAGGACCUCGACGAGAACAAGGGUCUGGCCGAGGACGACCCGGCCCGGCUCGCCAUGCAGCGCAAGUACACCAUCUCCAACGACCCGUCGGUGCCGCCGCGCGCCCAGGUCAAGGGCCUCGCCGACUUUGCGGCCCACCCGGAGCGCACGCGCUUCGUGCACCACACGGCCGCGCCCAUCUGCACCUUUGCCUACGCGCUGUCGCAGCGCGGCGCGCAAAAGGUCCUCUUCGACCUCAGCGUCGACCGCCUGGCCGGGCCCUUUGACAACGCGCUCGCGGGGCUGUGCCGGCGCGCCGUCGGGGCAUGGCCGGAACUGGCGCGGCGGCGGGCCGCGUCGGCGGCGGCGCCCGGGUCGGGAUCGGGGCCCGCCGAGAAGAAGCUCUGGAGCGAGGAGGAGCUGCGCGGCAUCACGACCGACAGGGGCGACAGGGGCCUCGACGCCAAGUGCCUCAGCGUGACGCCGCCCGUCUUCUUCCACCACAAGAAGAAGGGCCUGCUGUCGGGCGACAGCGACAUCCAGACCGUCGGCGACGGCGGCAUCAGGGAGAAGGGCACGACCGAGAACAUUGUGUGGAGCGCCCGCAACAACCUCCGGAACAUGAUGCUCGGCCUCCCCAUGGAGAGCCAGUACUGA